AUGAAAAAGAAGAAGAAGAGAAACGGCGAUGGCGCCUCUAGCGGCCAAGCUUUAACGCGAUGUCCACUGGCUUUUACAACCCCCACAGCCGCGACCACAACGGUAAAAACAACUUCUGAGCCGACAACGACAACUACAAAGACCACAACCGUACAAACAACUUCUGAGCCGACAACGACAACUGCAAAGACCACAACCGUACAAACAACUUCUGAGCCGACCACGACAACUGCAAAGACCACAACCGUACAAACAACUUCUGAGCCGACAACGACAACUGCAAAAACCACAACGAUAAAAACAACUUCUGAGCCGACAACGACAACUGCAAAGACCACAACGGUAAAAACAACUUCUGAGCCGACAACGACAACUGCAAAGACUACAACGGUAAAAACAACUUCUGAGCCUACAACGACAACUGCAAAGACCACAACGGUAAAAACAACUUCUGAGCCGACAACGACAACUGCAAAGACCACAACGGUAAAAACAACUUCUGAGCCGACAACGACAACUGCAAAGACCACAACGGUAAAAACAACUUCUGAGCCGACAACGACAACUGCAAAGACCACAACGGUACAAACAACUUCUGAGCCGACAACGACAACUGCAAAGACCACAACGGUAAAAACAACUUCUGAGCCGACAACGACAACUGCAAAGACCACAACGGUACAAACAACUUCUGAGCCGACAACGACAACUGCAAAGACCACAACGGUAAAAACAACUUCUGAGCCGACAACGACAACUGCAAAGACUACAAUGGUAAAAACAACUUCUGAGCCGACAACGACAACUGCAAAGACCACAACGGUAAAAACAACUUCUGAGCCGACAACGACAACUGCAAAGACCACAACGGUACAAACAACUUCUGAGCCGACAACGACAACUGCAAAGACUACAACGGUAAAAACAACUUCUGAGCCGACAACGACAACUGCAAAGACCACAACGGUAAAAACAACUUCUGAGCCGACAACGACAACUGCAAAGACCACAACGGUAAAAACAACUUCUGAGCCGACAACGACAACUGCAAAGACCACAACGGUAAAAACAACUUCUGAGCCGACAACGACAACUGCAAAGACCACAACGGUAAAAACAACUUCUGAGCCGACAACGACAACUGCAAAGACCACAACGGUAAAAACAACUUCUGAGCCGACAACGACAACUGCAAAGACCACAACGGUACAAACAACUUCUGAGCCGACAACGACAACUGCAAAGACUACAACGGUAAAAACAACUUCUGAGCCGACAACGACAACUGCAAAGACCACAACGGUAAAAACAACUUCUGAGCCGACAACGACAACUGCAAAGACCACAACGGUACAAACAACUUCUGAGCCGACAACGACAACUGCAAAGACCACAACGGUAAAAACAACUUCUGAGCCGACAACGACAACUACAAAGACCACAACGGUAAAAACAACUACUGAGCCGACAACGACAACUGCAAAGACCACAACGGUACAAACAACUUCUGAGCCGACAACGACAACUGCAAAGACUACAACGGUAAAAACAACUUCUGAGCCGACAACGACAACUGCAAAGACUACAACGGUAAAAACAACUUCUGAGCCGACAACGACAACUGCAAAGACCACAACGGUAAAAACAACUUCUGAGCCGACAACGACAACUGCAAAGACCACAACGGUAAAAACAACUUCUGAGCCGACAACGACAACUGCAAAGACUACAACGGUAAAAACAACUUCUGAGCCGACAACGACAACUGCAAAAACCACAACGAUAAAAACAACUUCUGAGCCGACAACGACAACUGCAAAGACCACAACGGUAAAAACAACUUCUGAGCCGACAACGACAACUGCAAAGACUACAACGGUAAAAACAACUCCUAAGCCAACAACUCCGAAAACGACUACAGUAAAGACUACAACAGCAAAGACAACUCCUAAGCCAACAAGUCCGAAAACGACUACAGUAAAGACCACUCCCAAGCCAACAACUCCGAAAACGACUACAGUAAAGACUACAACAGCAAAGUCAACUCCUAAGCCAACAACUCCGAAAACGACUACAACAGCAAAGACAACUCCUAAGCCAACAACUCCGAAAACGACUACAGCAGCAAAGACAACUCCUAAGCCAACAACUCCGAAAACGACUACAACAGCAAAGACAACUCCCAAGCCAACAACUCCGAAAACGACUACAGUAAAGACUACAACAGCAAAGACAACUCAUAAGCCAACAACUCCGAAAACGACUACAGUAAAGACUACAACAGCAAAGACAACUCCUAAGCCAACAACUCCGAAAACGACUACAGUAAAGCCUACAACAGUAAAGACCACUCCUAAGCCGACAACUCCGAAAACGACUACAGUAAAGACUACAACAGCACAGACAAUUCCGAAAACGACUACAGUAAAGACUACAACAGCAAAGACAACUCCGAAAUCGACUACAGUAAAGACUACAACAGCAAAGACAACUCCUAAGACAACAACUCCGAAAACGACUACAGUAAAGACUACAACAGCAAAGACAACUCCUAAGCCAACAACUCCGAAAACGACUACAGUAAAGACUACAACAGCAAAGACAACUCCUAAGCCAACAACUCCGAAAACGACUACAACAGCAAAGACAACUCCUAAGCCAACAACUCCGAAAACGACUACAACAGCAAAGACAACUCCUAAGCCAACAACUCCGAAAACGACUACAGUAAAGACUACAACAGUGAAUACCACUCCGAAGCCAACAACUCCGAAAACGACCACAGUAAAGACUACAACAGCAAAGACAACUCCUAAGCCAACAACUCCGAAAACGACUACAGUAAAGACUACAACAGCAAAGACAACUCCUAAGCCAACAACUCCGAAAACGACUACAACAGCAAAGACAACUCCUAAGCCAACAACUCCGAAAACGACUACAACAGCAAAGACAACUUCUAAGCCAACAACUCCGAACACGACUACAGUAAAGACUACAACAGCAAAGACAACUCCGAAAACGACUACAGUAAAGACUACAACAGCAAAGACAACUCCUAAGCCAACAACUCCGAACACGACUACAGUAAAGACUACAACAGCAAAGACAACUCCGAAAACGACUACAGUAAAGACUACAACAGCAAAGACAACACCUAAGCCAACAACUCCGAAAACGUCUACAGUAAAGACUACAACAGCAAAGACAACUCAUAAGCCAACAACUCCGAAAACGACUACAGUAAAGACUACAACAGCAAAGACAACUCCUAAGCCAACAACUCCGAAAACGACUACAGUAAAGCCUACAACAGUAAAGACCACUCCUAAGCCAACAACUCCGAAAACGACUACAGUAAAGACUACAACAGUAAAGACCACUCCCAAGUCAACAACUCCGAAAACGACUACAGUAAAGACCACAACAGUAAAGACCACUCCGAAGCCAACAACUCCGAAAACGACUACAGUAAAGACUACAACAGCAAAGUCAACUCCUAAGCCAACAACUCCGAAAACGACUACAACAGCAAAGACAACUCCUAAGCCAACAACUCCGAAAACGACUACAGCAGCAAAGACAACUCCUAAGCCAACAACUCCGAAAACGACUUCAACAGCAAAGACAACUCCCAAGCCAACAACUCCGAAAACGACUACAGUAAAGACUACAACAGUGAAGACCACUCCGAAGCCAACAACUCCGAAAACGACUACAGUAAAGACUACAACAGCAAAGACAACUCCUAAGUCAACAACUCCGAAAACGACUACAACAGCAAAGACAACUCCUAAGCCAACAACUCCGAAAACGACUACAACAGCAAAGACAACUCCUAAGCCAACAACUCCGAAAACGACUACAGUAAAGACUACAACAGUAAAGACUACAACAGUAAAGACUACAACAGUAAAAACCACUCCCAAGCCAACAACUCCGAAAACGACUACAGUAAAGACUACAACAGCAAAGACAACUCCUAAGCCAACAACUCCGAAAACGACUACAGUAAAGACAACAACAGCAAAGACAACUCCUAAGCCAACAACUCCGAAAACGACUACAGUAAAGACUACAACAGUGAAGACCACUCCGAAGCCAACAACUCCGAAAACGACUACAGUAAAGACUACAACAGCAAAGACAACUACUAAGCCAACAACUCCGAAAACGACUACAGUAAAGACUACAACAGCAAAGACAACUCCUAAGCCAACAACUCCGAAAACGACUACAGUAAAGACUACAACAGUUAAGACCACUCCCAAGCAAACAACUCCGAAAACGACUACAGUAAAGACUACAACAGUGAAGACCACUCCGAAGCCAACAACUCCGAAAACGACUACAGUAAAGACUACAACAGCAAAGACAACUCCUAAGCCAACAACUCCGAAAACGACUACAACAGCAAAGACAACUCCGAAAACGACUACAACAGCAAAGACAACUCCUAAGCCAACAACUCCGAAAACGACUACAGUAAAGACUACAACAGUAAAGACUACAACAGUAAAGACUACAACAGUAAAAACCACUCCCAAGCCAACAACUCCGAAAACGACUACAGUAAAGACUACAACAGUGAAGACCACUCCGAAGCCAACAACUCCGAAAACGACUACAGUAAAGACUACAACAGUAAAGACCACUCCCAAGUCAACAACUCCGAAAACGACUACAGUAAAGACCACAACAGUAAAGACCACUCCGAAGCCAACAACUCCGAAAACGACUACAGUAAAGACUACAACAGCAAAGACCACUCUUAAGCCAACAACGCCUAUAACGACUACAGUAAAGACCACAACAGUAAAGACAACUACAGAGCCGACAACUCCGAACACAACAACCACGGGACCAUCAGCUUCUACUAUUGCUGGCGGGCAACAAGAUAUUCAUCAGCACCAUCACUUUCAUUAUCAUCAAUCGAAUGAUCCUGGUUUUCCGCUCCUUCCGCUUCCAGAACUUUCUCCUCUCCCGGCGCUUUCUUUUCCACCAUUUGGGUUGCCAUUGCCUUCUCUGCUGCCAUUGCCAGAGUCAAACUUAACCAACAUUUCAUUGCCAGAGGUUUCAUUGCCAGAAAGAUUCGAGAAGCGGAUAUUAUUCAUGCUGGAACCACUAGACUAG